CAGAAAAGACGCGUGUGGCUGGAACCUGGACGACGUGCGCAACCAAGGCUCGGCUUCGUGGCAGUUAGUCCCCAUAGCUUUAGGUCCCACGGUCGCCGCCCAUUGGAAUCAAGGGCGAACGCGAUGGAAAUUAUUUGCUAUUCUACGCAAACGGCACAAGCUCGUCGAAAUCAAGCCAUGCCAUGAUUGAAUCCCCGAAAAUCAGAAACACCAACAAACUGUGCACGUUGAAGUUCUGGUUCAACUAUGCUGGAAAUGGAGACAAUAUUAACGUUGACCUGCACAUGACGGUGGGUGGUUACGCUGUGCCUGUGUGGACUCUCCGUUCCUUUGAAGGAAUGCCAAAGGAGGGCGUCUGGAACGAAGCGGACGUUGAAGUCGGGCGCUAUGCGACAGAAGUCAGCUUUCACUUCUCAUCAAAACAGUCAACGCAGGGAAGAGCCAUAUUUGCGCUGGGUGCCAUAGAAUACAGUGGAUGUGCUUUGCCAACCAAGAGAAGUAAGUGCACCACCUCCCAGUUUCGCUGUGCCAACGGUGUCUGCGUGGAACGCAAUAAUCGCUGCAACUAUGCUGACGACUGCGGUGACAACAGUGACGAGGAAGGCUGUGGGGAUUAUCGUCUUGGCUGCAGCUUCGACUCUUCUUUCUGUGACUGGACGCCCCUGCCACCACUGCACAGUUAUGAUAGUCCAUGGGAAUUAAGCCGCCCUUCGUCAUCUCUAUUGACUGGGCCAACUCGCGAUCACACUACUGGCACGCCAAACGGACAGUUUAUUAUACUCCGCCCGACCUUUUUCGGAAAGAACACUGCCACCAUUGUUGGUCCAACUUUGGAUCACACAAAGCCCUGCACGAUCACAUUCUUCUACACUGCCCAAGGCACAAGCCUGCCUGAGCUGUCGGUUAGCGUGCGUACCUCUAAAGAUGGGCCUUGGAAACGUGUGUGGGUCUUGGUAAUGCCGUCAAAGUUCGCCCAUUUUGUUCCUGCCCAUGUGAAUUUAAUGGAGCCGAAACCCUUUCAGGUUGCCUUCAUUGGUGAGUACAGAAAUACUGGAAACGCAGGUUACAUUGCCAUUGACGACGUAACAUUCUCGGCAACCUGCACGCCCUACCAAGGAGUAUUCCCAGGAGCACCAACACCAUCACAACCACCAUCGCCACCACAACAAACAUUGUCACCAAUGCCACCUUCACCUCCACCAAGAGUGUCCCCAACGCCACCAACACCACCGCCAUUUGCUUGCGGUGACAAUGAAUUCCAGUGUGGCAACAGCGAGCAGUGCAUUUCACUCACUAAAGUUUGCGACUUCAAAUAUGACUGCUCCAACAGUGCUGAUGAAGCUAAUUGUGGUGCAUGUGAGUUUACACGGGACUUGUGCGGCCUAGAGAACGAAGACCCUAAUGCGCGCUUUGGGUGGACCUGGAAAGCAGCGCAAGAUUCCAUUCACAACAAUGAUUUCCCAGUCACUGAUAGCCGCAACAACAAACAUGGAUCCUAUGCUGCGUAUUCGCUGCUGAAUUCUGAUGUGCCACUUGGAAGCGGUAGGAACUCAAUGAUCACGCCAAGGCUCGGCCCCAUUGCGCACUCUUGUGUCGUCAGUUUCUACGUCAGUACUGGAAAUGCAACCUCCUUCUUGAUAUUUGGAGUGUUGCCCCCAUUGGUGGAUAACCCUUCCUCCCGUGACGCCGUCAUCCUAGCAAAUGUAUACGCAAGCAAAUCUGAAGACAAAUGGACCUAUGUGACUGCAAAGACUGGGAACUGGCCGGCGGGAACUAGGUUCUUCUACCUCGCAGAGGCAGUGGGUGUUAGUGUAGACCGUGCCCAGUACAUCAACUGCCAUCCUGACUCGCAAAUCGAUGGAUCGAUGGCCAAUCAGCAGGUCAGCUGCAAUUUUUCCCGGCCUCAGGACUGCGGCUGGUUCCCUGAGCGCCUGGCCGCUGACAUCGACUGGGUUAUCCAAGCUGACGGUGCUGCGCUGUCUUCACAUACGUGGCAGCCUUCAAAGAGCGCAUCAGGCACUGGUGCUUACAUGUACGCCCAGAACAUGCUCCCUGGAGUGAAGAAGGCUCAUCUCGUGUCAGUGCGGAUGAGCCCCACACCGGAUGUUGGUCGAUGCUUCACUUUCUGGUACAACAUGUGGCACCCAAAUAGCGGUGAGCUGAACCUCCUCCAGCGUGUGGACAACAUUUCCACCAGUCUUUUGUGGACACGUUCUGGACCACAGGGCAUGGCCUGGCAGCAGGGGCAAGUGCAGCUGCACUGUGAUGAGCCGCAGCAGCUUGUAUUUGAAGCUGUGCUUAAACCUUACAUACCUGGCGUAAUAGCCAUCGAUGACUUCACACUCAAGGAUGGCCUCUGUGACCCUGGAAAUGUGUGCACAUUUGAGUCAGGCUCAUGUGGCUGGCAGCUUCACAACUGGGAGAUCACAAAGGGCAGCAGUGUCAUGCUGCCUGCAGCAGAUCACAGCACAUGGGCACCACCAGGUGCCUUUGCCCUGGUCAUGCCGCCCAGUGGCCGCAUGGUCAGCCCUCAAGGGUGGUACGAUGCGACGCAGCACCGGUGUCUCCGAUUCUGGUUCUUUGCUGCCGGCUCUGCAGCUGAGACACUUAAUAUCACUCGAGUGGUUGACCAGGCGCAGGAACAGUCCCUGUGGUUCCACAGUGCGGUUUACACACCGGCAAAGAGCUGGCUCUCUGCUGCUGUCAACUUGACCGUCUCUCAAGGAAAUAUUAUCACGGUGUUCGAAGGAAUGACCUCUGGAAAUCCGGGCACUGCCGUGGCAGUUGACGACAUCAGCCUUGGAAACGAGGCAUGCCCUAAACCAGGCAGCUGUUCCUUUGAAGAGGACACGUGCAACUGGCACAAUAACAAGGGCUUGAAUCACGCGCAGUGGUAUCGGCACAGGGGUCGCACAAUAUUUUCUCUCGGUGGCCUCGAGAAAGACCAUACUAAGGGCACCAUUGAUGGAUACUACCUGCUCCUAGACUCUCAAGACCAGUCUGACAUACUGAUAGGAAGUUUCCAGAGUGAGGCCCUUUCCUUAGGACCUGUUGUGUGCUUCCAGCUCUACUAUCACAUGAAGAACGGAACGAGUGCAUCCAUUAACGUCACCUUCAAUGAUGCAUCUGGCGUGCCAACUGGCCAGCAGACGACUGUCUAUGCCACGGGACCUGCAGAGUGGACUUUGCUUUCCGUGGAGGGCGACAACCUGCCUCGCGUGUAUUCGGUUGUGAUUACCGCCACUGCUGGAAAGUUUGCUGGUGAUGUUGCUAUUGAUGACAUCGACAUGCGCCCGGGCAAGUGUGAAGGUGCACCAGACACAACAUCCACUUCACAAUCAACGACUAUGACGGCAGUCCCAGAGGAGCCCUCCACCAUCAGUACUUCUGAAGCGACAGUCACAGCGACUAUGACGGCAGUCCCAGAAGAGCCCUCCACCAUCAGUACUUCUGAAGCGACAGUCACAGCGACCAUGACAUCAGUUCCAGAGCAGCCAUCCACAAUAAGGACUUCUGAAGCCUCAGUCACAGGCAAUGAUACUUUCUUAUGGUUUUAGCUUACUGUAAGAGACAUCCCAAUCUGAAGCCUCUAUUUGUGUAGCUUUGAGAUACAGGGUUGAACUACCGCUUACGCUAGGCAUUUAUUUCUUUAUCUGGAGAUCUGAGGAUCUGUAUAUUGAUAAAAAUAGCUUAUACAAAAUGUGGAACAUCAAUAAAAGAAGUUUGUGAGAUAUUAUUGCAGCACACUUUUCGAAAUUUAAGCUCU